GGUGCGUGUGAAUAUGGGCUUGAUAUGAAAACUGUAGCUACAAGAGUAUUAAAAUGGUCUUAUGGAAUUAAGGUUUCGAAGGUUUGGAAAGACGGUGACCCAUUAUCUCGUAAAGACUCUAAUGGUCGGAUAGAUAAGUUUUUUUUAAUGGCUAGGAAAGGAACAGAAGUGGAUGCGGAAAAAGAAUUUUCCAAUAAUUUUUCUCCAAUUCGCCCUGAUCAAACCUCUAUAACCAGUAAGUUUUUCUACACUAAUGAAUAUGGCGCAGAAUAUUGUGAUGAGCCUCAUAUGAGAAAAUUAGGUAGUUUCCGGACUAGUGGUUUACCUACCAAGAGUUCAGGACUGAAUCGUUCUGUGUGUGAAACAUUACGUUUUGCAUCUAUGGAAAGUACUAUCGUAACAGCAAAGAGCCUACAUAAUGGCGAAACCUAUAACACAAUAUUUUCCACGGAAUGA